AUGGAAUCUCCAUCACGCGUACUUGUGACAGGUGGAAGUGGCUUCUUGGGAGGCCACGUUGUUCGGCAACUCCUCCAUGAUUCUGCGACUACAGUUGCCAUCACUAGUCGCCAUCCAAAGGUUCCCGUCGAUGUGUUGGAUGAAUCUCGUAUCUCUCUCUUUCCACUUGAUCUUACAUCUCGAGACCAAACCGACGAAGUCUUUCAGAACUUCAAGCCCCAUGCAGUCAUACAUACCGCAUCCCCAUCUUAUCUCGAUACCAGCAGAGCAUUGAUCAAAACCAAUGUCGACGGGACAAAUAUUUUGCUAGAAGCCGCAAAGGCUUGUAGUCAUACAAAAGCCUUUGUCUUGACCUCGUCCAAUCAGGCUGUUGUACCAACACAAGAACCCUUGUCCGAAGAGAAUGCUCAACAAUAUGUCAAGACCAAUGCGCCUAACGCCUAUGCCUUGUCAAAAGGUCUAGCCGAAAGACUCGUCACCGCUGCAAACUCGGAGGAGCUGUACACUUCAAUCAUCAGAAUCCCCGGCAUCUAUGGCGAAUACGAUACCAACUUCAUUCCUCAACUGGUGUCGAGCAUUCGACGAAAUGAGCAUAAAAUGCAAGUUGGAAACGAUGCCAAACUCUUCGAAGUCGUCUAUGUAAAGAAGGCGGCCGAGGCCCAUAUCCUGGCCAUGAAGACUCUGCUCGAUUCUACAACUCGCGGUCAAACUGGCGGUGAAGCAUUCUUCAUCUCCGAUGGCAAACCACAGAAGUUCUUUGAUUUCUGCAGAAGGUUUUACGCGGCUGCUGGUAAUCCUGUCAGGCCGGAAGAGGUGACACGCAUUCCACUAUCGGUUAUGCAGGCUGUGGCGUCAAGUACUGAAUGGCUGUAUUGGGUUUUGACGUUGGGGAUGAUGCAACCUGGUCUACGAAGAAUUAGUAUGGAUCAUCUGGAUACUGGUUGUUGUUGGUCGUUGGAUAAAGCGAGGAAGAUAUUGGGAUAUGAGCCUAUUGAUGAUCAGGAUGAAGUUAUCAAGAGUACGAUGGAGUGGGCUAUGGAAGCCCUCUGA